AUGAACCUAGGAAUCAAGCAGCUUGUCGUUGUCGUGGCAUUGGGCAUCGUGCCACUGGCUCUUGCCCAUAGUGCUCAAGAAGAUGGUGCAAACAUCAUGAACAUGGACAUGGACACGUCCCGCGGCGCAGACGAGCCCAACAAGCCCGAUACCGACAGUUACCCGCCCACAUACUUUGCGCUCGCCGACCAUGCGGGAGUCAUGUACGCGCAUAUUGGCACAAUGGUGCUCGCCUGGGUCUUUGUCCUUCCAGUUGCUGUUAUGCUCUCAAUCGCACGGUCGAGGUAUACGCUUGCACUUCAGUUUGUCUUCCUCGCCGUGAAUGCUCUCGGCGUGCUUCUGGGGAUGGUUUACAACGCCGCCACCCCCGAUCUAUAUCCCAACAACGCCCAUCACAAGCUGGGCUGGCUGGUGACCUGGAUCGUUUCGGUGCAGGUUCUGAUUGGCUUCCUGGGAAUGGCCGCCGGCGUCUUGAAGGGCGAAUCCCCUGGAGAAUACGAUCAUAACGAGUGCCAGUCCUUCAUCCCCAUUUCCACCACCGCCAUGGCCGAGCACCACCGCAUCCACGGGUCGCCGUUCGCCAGCGAGUACCGCCUCUCCAAUGACAGCGGCCAGGGCACCGAGCCUUGUACAGAGUCGCUGCGAAGCCACUCCCGCUCCUCGUCGUCCAACGAAGCAUCCCCGCGCAUUUCGGGCGAUCAUCAGAAAGAGUUUAUCGAGGAUGACCAAGAUCACGAGGACGGCCCUUCCAUGCCCAUGCCGAGCAGCAGUAGCAACCAGAAGAAGGCGAACACGAUCCUUGCCAAGGUCGCAGCCAAGAUUUCGUUGCGUGUGUGGAGGGGUCUGUUGUAUAUAUACAACCUUGUUGACAGGAUCGUUCUGCCCUUAGGCUCCAUCACGUUGUGUCUGGGCAUCGUAGCGUACGGGCGUUUCUUCGUAAGUGACAAGAACCUGAAUACACCGGUGGAACCCAAGGCUGACUUAUCCCAGGAGGGCAACGGCAUCUUCAGCGGUCUGGCGCAUUGGGUCAAGGGCGGCAUUUUCUUCUGGCUUGGUCUGUUGACUUUGGGCCGCUGGACUGGCAGCUUCGGCGAAAUAGGAUGGGCGUGGAAUGUUCGGCCGAAGCGUGACGACAGUAAGUGGCGGCCUUCGGCCGAGUUUGUCGAGAGCGCCCUCAUCUUUGUUUACGGCUCGACAAACAUCUUUCUCGAGCACCUCGGCAACUGGGGAGGGGAAUACAGCGCGCAGGAUCUGGAGCACAUCUCUAUCACCGUGCUGUUUAUUGGUGGUGGAUUGGUCGGCAUGCUCAUUGAGUCGAGUCGCGUUCGAGAUUUCCUGAAUACCUCGGUCAUCGACGCCGCUGCGGUCGCCCCUGAGCGAACCUAUGAUGACGAGGAGCGGAACACGCUCCAGCCGCCGAGGCAAUACAGCUUCUCUAUCAACCCUAUUCCGGCGUUAGUGAUUCUUCUCCUGGGAUUCAUGAUGAGCUCGCAUACGCAACACUCGAUGACUUCGAGCAUGGUUCACAAGCAAUGGGGCAACCUGCUCACCGGUGCUUCUUUCGCCCGUGGCUUCACCUAUGUCAUCAUGUAUCUGAAGCCACCCACUUCGGUCUUGCCAUCCCGGCCCCCUACCGAACUUCUCGCUGCUUUUGGCCUGAUAUCAGGAGGCAUCAUCUUCAUGGCCAGUGCCAGCGACACCAUCCAGGGCAUGGAACACUAUAACCUGGAUGCCAUGUUUAUGUACACGGUGACUAUGGGUCUCGUUGGGCUCUUAAUGGCCUGGGAGAUAAUCGUUCUGGCCAUCAAGGGCUGGGCGGUCCGCAAGGAGGCCGGGCGGUUGAUGUACCGGCGUGCCUGA